AGAAACUGCGUCGCACGUCUUUCCGCAGCGUAAACAGAAGUUACCCGUUUCAAAUGCGGUGGUUCGGUUUUGGCUUCAACGCAUUUGGCCAGAUAUAUGGACAAGAUAAAUUAUUGGAGGGAGAAUGUUUUGAGAAUGAACAGGAAGUCAAAGUGAGUAGUCCAACAGAGCUUACUGCUCAGGAGGACAGAAGUGACUGCAGACUGAAGACAGAUUGUCAAAUCAGAGCAAGCUGGAGUCGAAGAGCAUCUUUGUAUUUGAAUGGUGACAGCUGUGUGUGCCUAUCAGGUUUCGUCUCCAAUGAGUCCUGUGGUAGUCCUGUAAAAGAGAGCCGAGGCUGUAAAGAUGCCAUCAUCAGUGAAUCAUACCUGACCCUCGCUUUCUCAGACAGACUUGAGUCCUGGGAUCUGCAAAAGAAAGAGACGUCUCCAUCAUGGAGCAUGGAAAUAAAAACAGACCCAGAGAUCUCUGGAACCCCUCUAAAUCUCCCAUUGGUUCCUGGGGGAUACAUAGCCAUCAAAACGCCCCUCUACCGCUCCUUAUCCCCACACCUGAGAGCCAAGAGUCUGGCCCUGAGCUCGGAGCAUGCCAUCCUCCUCAGUGCCUCUGGAACUGUGUACACCUGGGGACUUGGCAGCCAUGGUCAACUGGGGCAUGGAGGCCUGACCCCUGAAGAGGAGCCCAGGGCAGUGGAGGCCCUCUGGGGGAUGCCCAUGAGCUGUGUAGCUACAGGAGGCUGGCACUCUGUCUGUAUUAGUGAUGGGGGAGACCUUUAUGUGUGGGGCUGGAAUGAAAGUGGACAGCUUGGACUUCCAUCACGAGGUCUGAGGAAAGCAACGCAGCAGCAAAGUAGUCAACAACAAGAAGAAUCACCAUGCACGUCUACUGCUGAAGAGCCACAAGAGGGAGAGACACAUGAAGAGGUAUUCAUAUCAAUCCAGGCUUUCCCGGCUCUGCUGGAUAUCACUCCAUCGUGUGAAGUCAGCACAGUCAGCUGUGGCUGCCGACACACAGCUGCAGUAACAACCACAGGUGACCUCUACACUUGGGGCUGGGGUGACUAUGGCCAACUAGGACACCAGACUUUGAUCAGUUCAGAUGAGCCUCAGCGUGUGGAGUUGUUUAAGGAGCAGCAGAUGCGUGUGGUUGACGUAGUGUGUGGUGCGUGGAAUACCUUUGCUUCUGUCGUCAAGGAGGAAGUAGCUGGCCCUUAAAGUAAUAUGGAAUUCCCUUGAUAAAUGUGGACAUUGGACUUUGGACAACAUACCAGGAAGUGUUACUUAUAGCAACAAAUACAAGAGUUUGAAUUAAAUGUAUUUUGUAUAAUAUAAA